AUGUCGCCCGAGUCAGGAGUACAAACAGAAGAAGAAAAGAUCGACGCAGCGUACAAAACGCCACAUAAGAAGCAGAGUUACAAAGCCAGUAUUCCAGUUGUGUUCCAGGACAGCAGGUUAACACCUGAACUGGAGAACCAGAGGAAAACAAUGUUUGAUGCUGUUGUACAAAGGGCCAAUGAGAAAACUUUGUACUGCUUGUCAGUAUCCAAGUAUGACAGACAUGGAUUGAAGAAGAGGGAGAGGGUCUUGGUCCUCACCACUGGGUCCCUGUACAUCCUUGAUGCCAAAGAGAUGAAAAUGAAACAGCGGAUUCUUUUGAGCUCUUUGAAAGGCUUCACUGUCACCAACAAGAAGGAUAACCUUUUCAUUUUGCGACCCACUGUGCAGGAAAGCAAUAAGAAGGAAAAGGCUGAAGUAGCAAUGGAGGCCCCAGAAGGAACCCUAAUUGAACUGGCUGUUCAUGUUGCUGAGGCAGCAGGGGACAAUAGUAUUGUGAAGAUUGAGUCAGCAGCAACGUUGACUUACAGCAUUGGGGGAGGAAAGCAAGGUAUGGUGGACAUUAGUCAAGGUCACUUGGACCUGAUUGUCAAGAAAGAGGGCAGACUGAGAGUGAUGAUUACUCUCGAAGGACGAGUUGUGAGUGUACACAAGUACGCUUCAACUUGCAAACUUUUGGUGAAACCUCCUGAUCUGGUUGAUGAAUCGUGCCGAGAGCUCCUCGGAGAAGAAACGCAUUGCACAGUGAACUAUUCAACGCUUGCCUUUCUUGGCAUCAGCGUUCCAGAAAUCGAAUUGAACGACUGGCUCAUCAUCGAGAACCCAGAAGUGAGGCACUUUUCAGAUGGAGUGAUAGUAUUUUGCAGCAAUUCAAGUGUGCUGAAAGUUCCUGAAAAGCUCACUGUGAAUUCUGUUAGAUCCCCGUGGACCCAAGCGUUUGAUCACAUAAUUGUGUCCUUGGGUGUGAGCUGUCUAAGCCACUACGAAUGGCUUCUGAGUUACGCGACUAUUAUCGCAGAUAAAUUGGGGAUUUUGGUGAGACAUGAGCCGACGGAAAUGCAGUUUCUGGUCAGAAUGGCCUUUGAUAUCCUUGCUGGCUGUUGUGGAUUGAAGUCACUGAAGUUUCAACCUCGCCAAGGAACUGAAAAUCCUGCCGAAACGCUGGCAGCAUUAUCACAAUUGGAAGACGUGAUAAGUUGCCAUAGUCAACCAACAACGCUGUUCCCAAAUAUUGUCGAAAUUGCAAAAGCGAGGUCAUGGGAUCGCGUCUCCGAGUGGGGUUUCGAGCAAAUAGAUACACAGUCCGUGCAAACGCUUCUAGGUGUUCUUGGUGCAUGUACAAACUCUGCUCGUCCGUUGUUGAGGGAUGCUUCUGGACAUGUUUACAUCGUUUUCCUGGAGACAGAGAACUCGGUUCUGCCGAAUAUAUCGUGGCUUGGCGCGUGUUGCAUCGUCCGAAAUUUUGAAGUCUUUCAUGAGAAGUUCAACGACGAGAGCUCGGUCUAUAUAGCUGUUAAACCCUGUGAUAUAGAAAUCGUUUCAUGCUUACCCAGGUGUCAGCUGGCAAAUCAUGUUUAUCACAAAGCCGUUGUCUUGAGCAGAAGCAGACUCCACGUGAACUUCGCCAACACCUCCAUGAAAGGGUUCCUCUUGGAAGUGAUGGUCAAAGCAUCAGAAGAAGUGGAACGGUUACAGUUUCAUGCGGUGUCUUUCGAGAGUAAUACGAACCUUCCGUUGCUUUACGAGAGGCAAUACCUGUGUGCCAACACGAGUGUGUAUUGGAUGAAAAGUGACGCGUGUUUGCGGCUUUCACGCGCUCAACACGGUGUGAGAAUCACUCAUGGAUCCGGUAGCAAUCAGAUAUUGAAGCACGAAUCCAGACCAAACCUGGAUGGAUCCUUCGAAGGUGUAAUAGACGACGUGUACCGGAACAAGAAGAACAACUGUGUGAAUCUGCGCGUGACUUUGGCCACGAGUGGGUUGAAAACCAGUGUCUACUGUGAUAUUGCAGCUUCGCAUGUUGGAAAUCCUCUGGGUGUAUUACCGGGGAUGAAAGUCAGGAUCAGUAACUUGGUGAAGAAGACGAGUGGGUCAGGGAAUCAUUACUAUGUUGCUACUGCCAUGAGUGAUUUCUUUGUUGGUCCAAAAGUGUCUCGUUCGGAAUCGUUGUGGCCUUUGGUGUCUCUGAGUCGACUUCUACCCGAAAAACUUGCGUGUGUCAGGUUUUUGUUGAUUUCUUUCAAACCCUGGUUCCCUGUGGAGUUUGAAGCCACGUGUGACUCGUGUAGUCGACCUGUGCCAGAUGAGAGUCUUGAAGGACCAAAUUGUGAUACUUGUCUGGAUUCUGGGUGGGUCUUGACGGCUUCAGGAAAGUUUGUGGUGAGCGAUGGGACUUGUAGCAAUUUUGUGCUUGAGGCAAAGAAUGAGCAGGUGUUGCAAUUGUUGGGCAUCAGAGGAGGGUUUGUGGAGGAUUUCAAGACGUUUGUGAGGAAUGUGAGAGUGUUUCACUUCUCUCAUCGGAACCCGGUCCCUGUUCCUUCGGUAUUGGAGGGAAGCAGCGAGUUUGCAGCCAAGAAAAGAAUGGCGAUGCAGAAGAUCUUGAUGCAUUUUAGGCCAAAGAACGCGUUAAUUGUUGCUGCGAAGUGUCUGCUUUUCCAGCAUCAGACGUCCAGUCAUGACAAAAGCGGUAUUGAAGGUUCGACGUUUUGGGGACGCUUGUAUUGCCAGAAUGUGGAAGAAGUGACAGAUUUUGUGGAAAUUCCAAGCGAUUGGGUCCGUUCGGAAGAAGAAAAUGAAGGAGAAGCCGAGAGCUUUCCCUUUGACAUUUUAAAUUUCAAUCAAGUACAUAUUCAGCCAAUCGUCAGAAUAAUGCAGCUUUGCGCAAUUUUAUCAGCUUUAUUAUUUGCAGCUGGGGUCUCAGCUGAUACAAAAUUGGAGGAGAUUGAAGCUCGGCUGAGGAAGCUGGAAAUGGAGAACACAAAGGUCCUUGCUCAAAACAGGGCUUUGCACCUUCAGAUGGAUGUCAUCAGGAAAUCAGAGAAGCAGCUGAAAUUGCAACAGGAAGGUCUUCUGUCAAGGCUUGAAGAUGUUGAGAUGAAGCAGAACAAUGAAACAGUGGUGGCUUUCAGCAUCUACCGCACCAUCGACUACGACCUCCUGGACUCUGUGAUCCCGUACCAGGCAGAGCACUUGAACAUCGGCGGCGCCAUCGACACCCGCGUCGGAGUGUUCACCGCUCCAGUCGCCGGCGUCUACUUGUUCACCGCUCACAACCUCGGCGGCCAAUCCGACAUCACGCUGGUCUCUCUGCGCAAAAACGGCGUCCGCGUGAGUUCCACCUACGCCUACAUGGACUUCGGCAACUCCAUCGCCCAGACGGUUCUUUUGGAACUCGAGGCCGGGGAUCAAGUGGAUUCCUAUCUCGACGGCGGCUACGCGCACACUGACCGCACCUACAUUUACUCCCAGUUCUCCGGCGUCCUUUUGUCCGCCCUCUGAAACGCUCCAGUCGGGGAACCUUCCUUAUUGUUGUUGUUGUUCUUGGAUGAAAUGCGCUGGAAUGAUGGAAACAAUUUUUUGUUUCCAUAUCUAUUAUGGAGGCAGGUGCGUCAUCCGUCGCAUUGGGCUUUUAUUUAUUUUUCCUCUUGUUGUGACAAAAUUUCACUGAUGCCUCGCCUAACAAUCGCAUUGCCUAAUGACCUCUGAAAACCUCAAGAAAAUUCCUUGCCUGAUGACCAUCAAUGACCUGCCUAGCAAAUGUUUUCUGGCCUUCCAUUGCACUUGAAAAUUUAGAAGAAGAAAAUUAUCAAUGCUGUUGUUUCUUACCCUCAUAAAAAAUGGUUGUUCAUCAAGCAUUUUUAUUGAGGGAAAGUGAGAAGAAUGGAAGGAAAUUGUGAUUGGUGAUAUUCGGUUGCUUCAAGUACAUCAUGCAAAAGUGACAUCUAUGCAGAGUUACACAAGACUGAGAGACUCCUGCUUUGCUCAUAGAUGUUGCAUAUGCAUGCAAUACAGUUGCUAUUAAUUUUGCAGGUUAUUUUUGAAACAGAUCAAGGUAAUUUAACAAGG